AUGCGAGGUGAAUACGAUCCAAUUCUCAAAUUUCCAUUUAACUAUACAGUCACAUUUUGUUUAUAUGAUCAAACACCUGCACAACGACAUAUUAUUAAUUCAUUUCGACCAGAUAGUAAGUCAAGUAGUUUUCAACGACCUCGAUCGAAUAUGCAUAUAGCCAGUGGCAUCCCGAAAUUUUUCCUGUUGGAGGCAAUUCAAGAGGAAGGAAGUCCAUAUGUACGAGACGACACAAUGUUUAUCAAAGUUAUGGUUGAUUUUGGAGAAACACUCAAAACAUUAUUACCCUAUGCAUUAAGUCUCAAUCCUGGUCUACCAACGCAUAUUCAACAAGCUAUGAUCCAGCAAGAAAUGAAAAGAAGAGCACAAUUAGAACCUGAGGGCCAACUAUAA